AGGAGUUUAUAAAGUCCUACACAUGUUUACACCUCACUCACAAUCUGAUCAAUUCUCAUGUUAUCAACACUCCUGAGAGGAAACGUCUGGUCCACGGCGGUAGAACGCUUGGCUUUUGUGAGAGGAAGAAGCGCACGCUUUACACAAAGGGAGUGUGAUAUCCACCCGCUGGUCUGAAAUUAUUCAGCAUUGAGUUAUUUAAUCAUUUAGAUUGCAGAGUGCCGAGAGAGAACUUGUCUGUCUUCUGAUUUAGAGAUGGACCGUGUUUGAACUCGGCUAGCCACUCAUCGUAAUCCUCGAGCUCUAUCACUUUUUUCUGACCCUAAUCCUUUUGCCAUCAGCACCCAUGUACAGCAGUGGCUAUUCCCAGGUCUCCAAGUCGAGGCCGCAGGCCCAAAAGAAGAUGCAGUACCAGUCAAAGGGCAAGAGUUGUGGCUACUACAUGCGCAUUGUCUUCUUCUUCUCUUCGCUCAUCCAGUCUCUUAUCAUAGUUAGCCUUGUGCUCUUUCUGGUCUACGGUAAGACGCAAGACUCAGCGUCCACAUCACGCAUCCAGGACCUAGAAGAAAGCUUCAGCCGACUGUCAAUAGAAAAUGUGGCCCUGAGGCAGCAGAGGAAGAACCUGACCAACUUACUCAACACCACUCUGACUGAGAAAGCCCGUAAUGACUGGGACCUGGUCAGACUCCGCUACUUCUCCAACAUCUCAGCGAUCCUUAUUCAAGAUAUGGACAAGAAGCUGCAACAGUCCUACACUAAGUUGUUACUUUGCGAGAGCACAGGAACCCGAUGCCAAACCACAUUUCAACCUACAGACAGAUGUAACUGUGGCCUGAUAACUGAGCGGCUGAAAGCUGGGCGUGAGCUUGUGGAGUCCAACUUCACAACAACAGCCCAGAGGAUGAGGAUGGAAAUGGACCAGACUACCAAAGAGAGGGACAUCAUUAACUUGGAGGUCAUCCGUCUGCGGAGAGACAAAUCCACACAUGAAAAGGAGGUGGAGUUCUUCAAACAGAAAUGCAAAGAUGACUUUUCCCAGUCCUUGAGUGGUAUCUCCAACAUCUCCAAGGCUUUCCUAGAGAAGAUCAAUUCCCUCUUCCCUUCACACAUCGCCUUCCAGCUCACCUGUCCGAAACAGAGGGAUCACCUGGAGCAGAUCCGCACCAAUUGCACCAGCCUGUCCAUGGAUGUGGAGGACAAACUUCAGCGUUACCUGAAUGUUGUGGGAGAACAGGUGUCAGGCAUCCAGGCUGAGAACAGCCGCACGAAGGCAGAGAACUGGCGGCUGUCUGACGACUACCGCUGGUGCAGCACGAACCGUACAGGCCUGAUUCUGCAGCACAGACAGAACAUACACAAGCUUCAGGGGAAACACGAUGAGGACAAGGAGAGACUCCUGAUGGACAAGAUGAAGCUAAAUGGAGAGAUAGAAGUCCUUAACAACAAUGUCAAGUAUAAAAGUAGAGCAAUGGAUCACCUUACAGAGCAAUUCAAGCAGCUCAACAUGUCCUGCAUGCCUAAGACAGGGUUUGGUGGAUUGCCAGGAGGCUCAACAGGUACACAGUCUCAGUCUAGGUGGGGCUUGGGUGGAUCCAGCUCUUCUAGUGGGGGUCAGCUUGGUAAUCCAGGGACAGGUAGGUUGAGCCUUGGCUCAGAAAACCCAGGAUCAACUGGAUUCAAUAAGCCAGGAUCAACUGGGGCAGGUAGCUCCACCGGGUUAGGAUUCAAUAAGCCAGGAUCAACUGGGGCAGGUAGCUCCACCGGGUUAGGAUUCAAUAAGCCAGGAUCAACUGGGGCAGGUAGCUCCACCGGGUUAGGAUUCAAUAAACCAGGAUCAACUGGGGCAGGUAGCUCCACCGGGUUAGGAUUCAAUAAGCCAGGAUCAACUGGGGCAGGUAGCUCCACCGGGUUAGGAUUCAAUAAGCCAGGAUCAACUGGGGCAGGUAGCUCCACCGGGUUAGGAUUCAAUAAGCCAGGAUCAACUGGGACAGGUAGCGCCACUGGAUUAGGAUUCAAUAAACCAGGAUCAACUGGGACAGGUAGCGCCACUGGCUUAGGAUUUAAUAAGCCAGGAUCAAAUGUGAAAAGCUCUUCAGGCUUUGGGUCAACUGGGUCAACUGGGUCGACUGGGUCGACGAAUAAAAGUGGGUCAAACAACUUUCCUUGGGUUGGGUUCGGGGGCAGUAACUCAGGGCAAAGUAAGCCAGGAAGUGGAACAGGGAGAGGACCAUCAACUGGGAACAGUGGUGGAACUGGAUCGUCUGGGAGUGGACUGGGAGGCGGCUCAAUCAGUGUUGCUCAACACCUUAAAGAUCUGCAACGCAUCAUCAACCCCUCUGGCCCAGAGGAGAAACAAGAUCUCUCCAGAAUGUUGGGUUAGCACAUCUUGCAGAGAAAAAACACAACAUAAAAGAGAUGUAUCUUCCAAUGCAUUAUUAGGCAUAGCUAAAGGCAAGCUUCUAAUAUUGAGUUCACAUGUUAGAAAUAAAUGUACCAUAUAUUUUACAUUAUUUGUGACCAUUUAUACUUCAAUAUACAUUUAGAACCGUACUUUGAAUAUUUUUUUGCACUUUUGAAUGUAAAAUAUGAAUUUUGUAUCUAUACAGUAAUAAUAAGCACAUAUUGUAUUUUUAGACUGUAAAUACUGACAUAUAAAAGCUUUGUUUCAAUGCGAGUAAA